ACUCAUUUGGCCAGUCACGGGGCCAAAACCAGUGUUUGGAGCCACAGUGUGGCAGUGGAGGCAGCAGCAAUGGGAGGCCAUACAGCAACCUAUGACAAAAUGGAAACCAGCAGGAGUGUGAGGAGACCUGAAAGUGGCACAUGGCAGAGUGGGAGCAAUGGGAGGCGGUACAGGGACCCAGGUCACACUGUGGGCUCAGCAGCAGCGUGACCAGGCGGUACGGGGGCCCAUGGCCGAUUUGGGGCCUGGCGGCACCUAUGGGAGGCCUGUAAUCUGCCAGCAACCUAUGACAAAAUGGAAAACCGCAGGAGUGUGAGGAGACCUCAAAGUGGCACAUGGCAGAGUGGGAGCAAUGGGAGGCGGUACAGGGACCCAGGUCACACUGUGGCUCAGCAGCA